CCCCACAAGUAUCCCAGCUGCUCCAGGAAGACCAUUGAGAAAAGAAUUAUUAAAGUUAUCAAACACGCUCAGCGUCAUCAAGGCCCACAAGACGGAUGUGAUGAAGUGAUGACAGGAAAAACAGAGGACGGAGAUGGAGAGGUUGAUGAUUCCAUGAAGUAAAGAGAGCACGACUGUGAGAGGACUCACACAUGGAGCAGAGCACAGGGAUGAUUGUGUGCUUUUUACUCUGUGCUGUUGUUGCAGGUUCACCAGCAGCAGGACAGACGUUUGAUGUGUGUGGCAGUUGCCAUGUCAACGCCACAUGUGAUGACAAACCGGACAACUCUGGCAAAGUCUGUAACUGCAACUACGGCUUUGUUGGAAAUGGAAGAACUCACUGUCAAGAUAAAGACGAGUGUCAGAUAGGAACCAUUAAGAUCUGUGGGCAGCACACACAGUGUCAUAACACACACGGCAGUUACUACUGCACCUGCGUGUCUGGCUACAGUCCGUCUAACAACAUGGUCUUCUUCAUCCCAAAUGAUGGAACCCACUGCCAGGAUGUUAAUGAGUGUAGGAUCACAGGGCUUUGUGGAGAGGGAGGUUGGUGCAAGAACCUGGAUGGCAGCUUUGAAUGCCGCUGUCAGCUGGGAUACAAAGUCCACAAUGGGGCCGAGCCUUUUAAUCCUCACCAAGACGAGGCUUCCUGCAGAGUGGUCGACUGUGGCUCGCCUCUCGUCUCAGUGGAGAACUCUGUGCUGCUGUCAGUCACAGGGACGACGUAUGCUAGUGUUGCCCAAUUCACCUGUGAAGAAGGCUUCAUUUGGGCAAGUGGAAACAAAACAUCUGUGUGUGGAGCUGAUGGACAGUGGAGAGGACCGACUAUGGUCUGUGAAGAGGUUGACUGUGGCUCCCCCCCUGUCCGCCCUCAUGCUCGUAUGCUGUGGAAUAAGAGCUCGAAGAUGGGCACUGGGGUGUUUUAUCAGUGUGACACUGGAUAUCAUAAUGUUGGAAAGGGAAAUGUCUCCAUGUGUGGAGCUGCUGGAGAGUGGGAAGAGCCGCCUGUGCUCUGCCAAGAGACUUUGUGUGGAAAUCCCCCUAAAAGUGAAUCCACUGAGCAAGUGUGGAACGGUAGCACAGCUCCUGGGAGCACUGUGCUUUAUUUUUGCAAAAAGGGCUUUUAUAACAAGGGCGGACAUAAAAACAUAUCAGUGUGUAAUGAAAACGGUCAGUGGACACCGCCCACUCUGUCAUGCCAAGCAAUAUUAUGUGGCCGUCCUCCUAUACUGCCCCACACUGGACAGGUGUGGAAUGGCAGCUCUACCCCUGGAAGCUCAGUGACUUACUACUGUAGAAUAGGAUUUAAUCAGAGUGAAGGACUUAACGUGUCACUGUGCACAGUCAAUGGUUCCUGGACAGAACCAAGCAUCUCAUGCAAAGAAAUACGAUGCGGCGCGCCCCCGUCUGUCCCUCAUUCAGUCAGGCUGUGGGGUGGAAUCCCCACUGUGGGCUCUCAAGUUGUCUAUCAGUGUAAAUCUGGAUAUCACAGUGUUGGAGGGGGAAAUAUAUCAGUGUGUUCCGCCAGUGGAGAGUGGGAUGAGGCGACGCUGCUCUGCCAAGAAGUGGAUUGUCGAGAGCCCGUUAUUAAACCUCACUCUAGAAUACUAUGGGAUGGCAUGUCUCACAUUGGCAGUGUGGUGUCAUACCAGUGUGAUGAAGGAUAUCACACCAGGGGCUUGAAAAACUACUCAGUAUGUGGAGAGAAUGGACUGUGGGAGGAUAUUGAUCUGUGGUGUGAAGAAAUAAGCUGUGGCCCCCCACUAAUCCUUCCCCAUACUAACCUCCUGUGGGACCACACCAGCAGACCAGGCAGCGUGGUUUUGUAUGAGUGUAUGGAAGGAUUUUACCAGGAGAGUGGACCUAAUAUUUCAGUAUGUUCUUUAUCAGGAAAGUGGGGGGAAAUAUCUGUGAGGUGUCAAGCUGAAUGUGGCCCAGUUCCCUUCCUCGCUCAUUCAGAGGUGGUGUGGCGUAACAGAAGUGUAGUAAUCCACCGCUGUGUGGAUGGCUAUCACAGCUGGAGGGGCAGCAACGUCUCUGUGUGUGGAACCUCUGGGUUCUGGCACAAGGCGACUCUGAACUGCACAGAAAUGAAGCCGCCCAUCAACCACUUACAUGUUCUCAAUGAGAAAUGUUUGCGCUGGAGAGCAGAGAAGUAUGAAGAGGACACAGAGACUUACAAGGUUAUAUACACGGGCACCAGAGACUACCAGAGGUCAUUUCACGACAGAAGGCAACAGUUUGUGCGAUCGAAGACGGAGCAGCUGUCAGUCUGUCUCAACCUGCUGCCUGUCACUAACUACACCAUCUACAUCACGGCACUGUCAGCCAGAUUCACAGCCACCAUCACCACAAACACCAGUUUACCAGUGCCCCCUGUGCCAGUCGUUUACUACGGAGAGUUUGAGACUCCUGAACCUACGCUGAGUCUGCACAGAUCAGCCAACACACUGGACCUCAUCAGUGUGUACCAAGUGUUUGUGCUGCCUGUAGAGGAGAUCAUGGUGUUUGAUUGUUCCUCUCAUGGACACCCUCAAGAUUCCUCACGCAAAGACAAACUCUCAUCCAAAUACAUAACUGCCCAGAUCUUGGUCAGUCAUGUCGGGACAGAGAUGAACUUUACCGUCGGAGAUGGACUCCUCUAUGAAGGCUUCUAUAACGCACCUCUCGAAAAUGGACAGAAUUAUUAUAUCGUCCUACGAGCUGUCAGUCAAUGGAAAACAGCUUUAAAAAGCUCCUGUGUCCUGUGGGCUAAAAUAAGAGGUACGUCCUAUGUCCUGAAGGUCUCGUCACUGUGUGCUGCCGCCGCUGUAGGACUGGUUGCCUUGGCGAUUAUGGGCGGAUACAAUUGCUUCUGGUUUUUCAAGAAGACAUGACACUCUUCAGUGCUGACAUUCUGUAAAAUGCAUUUUUUUUUAUUCAAAUGUUGUAAAUGAUCAUAUUAAACAUAGUCUCUGCCUUUUA